UCUUGGUCACGUCGGAAGAAGCUUUCCAAUUUUCGAAGCAUAUAAUUGAGUUAAUUGAUAAAAAAAUCUUUGAACAAUAUGAAGUGCCAAGUUACAGGGAAUCGUUAAAGUCUUGCAAAAUUGUGAGCAGAACUGUUUCUUGAAAUGUGUACCUACAAUCAAUAAGGAUCAAAUAACGAAAGUACGAUGACAGAUCGUUAGUCGAACAGCGAAAACAUUAUAGAGCGAUACCCAUUGAUAGGUCUGGCAUCGGUUCUUAAGACUUAGUGGUCACAAGUAUCCCCGAGAGCGGAGUCGUCCUGUAGCGACUCAGGAAAAGAGAACGUUAUAUUUCAACACACUUCUCUUGUCUGAUAGGAAACUUAUGAUUGUUCUGUAAUGGAAAGAAAUUCUAGCAGUGAUAGUUUAAAUGUGAGUUUUACACGAGAACUUAAGCACGAAUUGGAAGUGGUAAUUAUUUAUUCGGUAGCUUAUGCGUUGAUAUUUCUUUUUGCUUUAUUUGGAAAUCUCACGGUCAUUAUUGUGGUGAUCAGACAUCGAUGGAUGCACACCAAGACCAACUUUUUCAUCGUAAACCUGGCCUGUGCAGACCUUUUGGUGGCUAUCGUUGUCAUGCCAAUCAAUACAAUGAUAAAUAUAUUCAUAGAUUGGCGGUACGGGGCUGUAUUAUGUAAGUUGACACCUUACCUUCAGGGGAUCUCAGUUUGUGCCUCCGUCAAUACCCUGGCAGCCAUCGCCAUUGAUAGGUGCCUGGCAAUCUGUUAUCCCUUACAGUACAAGAUUACUUGGAGGACUUGUAAAAUUAUUAUGUGUGGCAUCUGGUUGUUCAGUAUUGUUAUCAUGAUUCCUAACUUGUUGGUAUAUAAUAUAGAUGACACAUACUCAGUGACGAUGUCCUUUUGUUUAACAAAGUGGCCAUCAGCUACACUAGAAGCAGUUUACUUUCUUGUUGGAAAUUUACUGUUUUGUUAUUCCCUCCCUCUGGCGUUGAUUAUCACGUGCUAUUGUGUGAUAGGCUUUAAAGUAUGGAACCGGAAGGCGCCUGGUGUGUAUGGAUCAAACGGUGUAAUACACAGAUCAAAAAUAAAAGUGGUGAAAAUGCUGGUCGUAGUGGUAGUAAUGUUUGCUGCCUCUUGGUUUCCAUUGUGGGUGAUACAGAUAAAAAUCAGACUAGAACCAGACUCAAAAGAUUAUAUAGCGGUGUUUAAUUACGUCAUCCCCAUCUGUCAAUGGUUGGGAUCCGCCAACAGUGGAAUAAAUCCUAUUAUCUAUUGUCUUUUCAGUAAGAAAAUUCGGACGAGGAUAAAAACAAUGCUUUUGUGUAGAAAAACAGAGUAUGAAGUUCCUCGCAAUCUUAGUUCGUACGCUAGUACUCGAUAUGUGUCAGUGGAUUAUACCAAUGGUCACGUGACUCUAAGGACAAACGGAUCACAAAAAGAGCGGAAGUCCUCGCGCACAGAUAGAUUAUUCAAUAAUGUUUACGACUGAUUUAUAUUUAUUGCGAUUCUGUCCUGUGUUAAAUUGUUAUUGCAUAAAACGAUUUAGUUUUCUU